UGGGGACUGAUGAGACAAACUAAUAUGAAAUGCUUAACAUUUGUUUCACUUUGAUUUAUUCUCAGCAUCAGGGUAAUACAUGCCCCAGUCAGGGGCGGACUGACAACUCAUGGGGCCCCCGGGCAAUAGGGGAUCAUGGGGCCCCUGUGUCCUUGCCCACACUCAAAUCACACAAAAAAAGCCUAUAAAAAGGUACCAGGGGCAUCGCAUGGGGCCCCCUACUGAACCCGGGCCCUUGGACAGUGCCCAAGUGCUCGAAUGGUCAGUCCGCCCCUGG